AUGCAUCUUUUUGAUGCGGAAAAGCUCACUUUCUCCUUGCUCCUCUAUUCCGGUUUUAUAUCAAAUUCCUCUCCUGGAGUGUUCGCGUUGUGGCCUAAUUUCAUGCGUACGUUCGAUAAACUGUCUGCCUUAGUGAACAGAAAAAUGGCCUGUGUUGGAGCACAUCGACUUUUGUUGCCAACUUUGGGAAACCGAAAUAUUUGGGAAGCAUCUGGUAGGUGGAAAACGGAGGAUGGUCAGCUGUUUCUCUUGAAAGACCGUUGUGAAAAGGAAUUUUGUCUUCAACCGGUCAGUACAAUCGAUUUUAAUCUUUUAAACUCUCUGGAAUCCCGUUUUGUUAUGAUUAGACUCAUGAAGAGGAAAUUACAACGUUGGUUCGAAUUCUUGGUCUGUCCUACAAGCAGUUACCAUUGCUGGUUUAUCAAGUAG